AUGAUGCUUACAGUAAUUGCUCUUAAUUUGCUGUUUUUACUAUGUUACAUUCCAGAGCCAAGUAAGUGAUACCUCUUGUACUUUUGGGUAUGGUAGAUAGCAAUUGAAAGAAUUAUCGGAAUUACCCAUUCGGCAAUCGAUCGCUUGUUCACUUGUUCACCCUAUCGAAGUUCUUAUUCCCUCUAUUUUUCGUUUUGCGCGGGAUACAUUAAUUUUUUUAUUCAUUUUUAUCCAAGUCAAGCCGUCACGUAGUUGUACACUUUAUUCGAAUAUAAGAAAUCUUUGCAUUCUCUCUUUCUGUUACGCCAAUGCACAACCCUUUCUGAAUUAGGCAAGUGUGUAGAAUAACCGUAACGGUUAACUUUUUUUCAGACAGUGCUUACGGUCCAUGUGAUAAUUAUAAGAAGCUGGGUGAAGCAAAUCGAGCUGCAGGUUACGGCAUUGACACGGGGAUGUCAGACAGGAACAACGACUGGAAAAAGGAAUGGUAUCGGUUUACGGGUGACGCAGGAGAAAAAAUGGCCGACAUGUAAGUAUGAAUUAAUGUUUUUAAUUAAAACGUAGACUUCCAGACAUCUUGUCCAAGAUGAGUCCAAAAAUGAUUUAAAUUGAAAUCGACGUUUGGUUCUUUGGAAGGUAAUUACUAAUGCGGCGUGCAAAAACCACACAACUUUGCCAGAACUGAAAGGGUUGUGAUUUUUUUUGUUAAUUUAAAUAUUUUGAAUGGUUUUCUUUUACAGAAAGACCACAGGAAAAUUUUUGGAGUCGCCAUCGUGCGGUGCAUCAUACCCAGGCUUCCUGCGCACGUCCCAUCCUGACGGUCUGAGCUCAGGAGAAUUUGUUAAAGGAACAGUAUGCUUUGCACAAAAUGGCGGCUGUUAUAAGAUGCAAACGAUCAAGAUUAUGAAAUGUCAAGGAUUUUGGAUAUAUGAGUUGCCUCGACCAGGCAUCAAAAGAGCAAGAUAUUGUGGAAAUAAAGGUAUGGCUAACGAUGAAUUUUCCGUGGGAGACUUUUAAAUCAAAAAGUGAAAACCCUUACGUUUAGCUAAGUUGUUCUUUUUCUUGCUUAUUGAACUUCUCAGUAUACGGGCUACAUACUUUAUUUUAUUGUUCGAAAUUAAGUCUUAAGACAACAACAAUAAUAACAAUAGAUGAUCACAGAUGUCUUUAUUUUGCAUUUAGUCCAAGAAAUUUACAGUAAAUUACGGAGACAGCAAACAGUAUUGAUAAUGAUAAUAGGACUGAAGGGACUCCGAUCAUAUGAGUGACUAACAAAAUCAGACGACCGCAAAGCGGGAGUCUGAUUCGUUGAUCACGAGAAUUGGACUCCACUUAGAUUCUGAUUACCAAUUAAUCCAAACAAAAGAAUAUCAACUGUUGAUAUUCUUCUGAUCAAAAGUAUGACAAAAUCCGAGAAAGAAAUUAGAUAUUAGUCGUACGUCUUCUUAAAAAAAAUCAAACAACAACAACUCGGCGAAAUGCGCGACAGCAGCGCGUGCUCAUGACGCAUACUCAUGACAUAUACUCAUGACGCGUACUGUCCACGUAUUAGGCCUGAUGUGCCAACUGUCCCAUUACACUGUCCAGUUACAAGCAUGACGCGUACACUGUCCUACUAUUGCUCAAAUCGGGCUGGUAAUAACCAAUCACGUUCGAGAAUCUUAUUAUAGUUUUGAUUCAUAAUGGUAAUAGGACCGAGUGGAGUCCAAUUCGGCCUGUAAUCAUACGAGUUUACAAAAUCGGAUGAGCGCGAGGCGGAAGUCCGAUUUGUUUAUCAUGAGUUGGCCGACACAAAGUCCUGUUACCAUUAAUUAUAACCGUUACUAUUUAAAAAAAACAAAUACAUUUAUGACAAACGUCUGCGGUAGAGACAAUCUUUAAAGUGAAAAAUUUCUCCAUUUUGGAAAUUCCCCGGUUUUUUUUUCAGGGUUGGUGAUUGUUGCUAUGGUUAUGGUGAUCAAUACUGUGAUUGGUGGAUUUAGCUGAACGGACUCAGUAUGAUUGGCUGCUUCAACUGCCCGGUUAUAUGUGUCUGAUUACAGCCAAUUGUGAGAUUACAUGUGUCCGAUUACAGCCAACUGUCCGAUUACAACUAUACCGAGUGAUUAAUGAAAAAUAAAGCAGCUAAUGCACCAAUCACAUUUGAGGAAAUUGUAAUGGUUAUGAUUAAUACUAAUACAGGUCUGUCUGUACAUACACAAAUCAAGAGAAAUGAUAAAACAAAAAGUGUACUUGAUAUUAGCCAGGCGAAGCAUUAGUACCGUUUUAAUUAAUAAAUUUUUGGUGAGUUGGUGAGUUUAGAAGAUCUUGUUGUUUUUAAUUUAAAGUCAUUAAAUUUUCACCAGCCAGGUAUUAAGAAAGUUGGCGAAAUUAUCCCAUUUCACUUACAACUUUUUUUUUUUAUCAAUAAAAAAAAUAAUAGUUCUGAAGCCUACUGAGAAACCAUGCGACGAAAAAAAGUUAUUAUAUGGUAAGUGUGCCUGAAAUAUUUGUCUACACCUCUAUAUUCACAAUAUACAUACACUAUACCUUACUCGAUGGUUUAACAUAACUGCAAUACGCGUGGAUAAUUUGCGAGUUGAAUUAGGAGCGAGAGGCCAAGGGAUAACUGUAACUCAUUAUACGGAGAUAAUAUCUCUUUUUUAAUCAAAAGUAGGAUGUAAAGACAGCAAAUCCCUUGAUGAAAAUUCCUACGUUUUGGAUAAUGAUCCAAUGCUUCCCACUCAGAUUCUGAGCUCCAAGAGCUGCUUUUCAGUGAACUCGCUUUAAAGAAACAUAAUAUAUUCAGAUCAUAACAAUUGACAUGGUUACACCACAGGCCUGAACAAGAAAAACGCUGCUAAGUCCUGUCAAGAUCUUAAAAAGAAACAGAAGAACUCAGAAUCUGGAAUAUAUUGGAUUAAACCUGAUGGUGCAAACGCUUUCCAGGCCUAUUGCGAUCAGGAAACAGACGGUGGAGGCUGGACACUAGUAUACAGCUAUACAUUUACGAACUAUAGGUAACUGAGACAUGUCCAAAUACGAAUUCGCCUAAACUUCAAUUUACUUAGCAAAUUAGGCCCUGACCGGACGCUCAGGGGCGAGAGAACCGUAGGAAAAGGUUUAUAUUAGCUGAGAUAGUAGGUAACUUGUGCAUCAAAGGUUGAGAUCCACUCCUCAUCAUUGCAUUGGCACCUUAACCAAGCAUGUUGGAAGUGAAAUAAGAACUGAAGAUCUUUGUUGAUAAGCGGAGCUCACCACAGAGUCACUCUAGUCAUCACUUAUUGGGGACUUUUUACUGAAUGACAUUUACGUUUAGAACUUUUUUCAAUCGACUUAACAUCUCUGUUUGAUCGUUGUAGCCCUAUUUUUGGCUAAACAUAUUUGUAAAAAAAAAAAGAUGGAAACGUGAAUUUAGACCAGCCCUCCACGCCCCUUGUUUGCUUUUGUUUGUUUGUUUAUUUUUCAUCUGGGACGAGGCAUUUCGGGACCGUAGCAUUUUAGAUAAUGUGCGGAAUAACUACAAAUCAACAAAAUGCCACGGCUACAGAACGAGCUUAGGAACAGUCUUUCCCUCGGAGAUUUGACGAUUGAUAUGACAAGCAAUUAUCUUAUUGGCACGGAAAUUUAACUCUUAAAAACUUCUCAUUUCAUUUUGCAGGAACUUUAGGGCAGCAUCUAACGCCGUUACGCCACGUCCUAACUGGUACGCUCCAGGUGCUAACGUGCCCGUGUCCACCGCCGCCCCCGUCAGUGAAACAGACUACAACGCCAUGGAAUUUAGCCUGUGGAAGACUCUUGGCCGUGAGUUCAUGAUCAAGUCUAACAUCAAUGACUGGAUCGUUUGUACAUGUACAGAAAGUAGCGGAAGUCUGGUGGAUAUGCGAGAAGGAUAUCUACAAUGUCGCAAUAUUAAGAACGUCGCAUCAAGGUGUGAAGGCCUUGUUCCCGACCGUCUCAUCGAGUUUACUGCUGGAAACCCUAACGGCAAGACCGUGGGCCCUGAUCUCAUUCGUUCCUCAAGUAAUACUAAUCUUAAAGAAUAUUACUAUUUCGAUGGAAACACUGGCACUAAUUGGCCUACUCAUGAUCCAUGCGGAACCAACAACCUGAAUCAGCUCACCAAUGUCGCUAAUCCUCAUGGGAACAUCUACAUCCGGGAGUGAGGAGGAGGAAUGACUUUCACUUUGAAAGUGGCCUAAUGUCUCUUAGGGAAAAAAUAUUAACUGGCUUAAAAGUCUUGAGUAAAUAAAAG